UUCUCUUAGAUUGAAACGGACCAAUGCAAGAGAUGGCUCUCGGCGGGCGUCGUUUGUUGGCGAGAUCCUCUCGGAGAAUUUGCAUCCAGAAACUAAUCCGAACCAUGCAGACCCGUCGAAUUCGCACAAUGCCCGCGGUACUCGGGACUAUCAGGUAUUUUCCGUCGAGGAUUCAGGAUUCCCCGCGCCGAGGAAUUAGCCAGCCACGAGGGACUCUCCGAGAGCGUGUAUUCGACGUUUCUGCACGUUUUUCUCUCGGACGGUCACUUGGCUCGAAGCGUUCGAGGAACCAAGGAGAGUUCGAUCUCGCUAUCGAACCGCGAGUAUCCGCCGGAUCCGCCGAUCGUAAAUAAUAGUUGAUAAAUAUCGAGUUCCGAGGAAGGCGGCGAUUCGACGCACACGGCGACAGGGAUGGCGUCGCACGAGACGGACGCGAAGUCAUUUCUGCCCCGCUCGUCCGUGAGUCGUGUAUAUCGCAUCGGGCGGUUUAUCGCGACGAAUGGAAGUGGCUUCUCAGGGCCCCCGAAAUAACGCGGCGUACUUCACGUUCCAGAGCCGAACCUCUACUCGAGGCUCCGAGUGCGGGUGGCGGCGAUCAAGAAACCUCGAGCACGACGCGUCGCGUGGACGAGCGAACGUCACGGCACUCUCGCGGGACCGCGUCCCAGGAGUCUCGCCGAGAGAGAACCGCACGUUUUGCGGGCCAAGCUGCCGACGGCAAGAAAGGGACCGAUUCCGCCCCGGCGCUGGGACGCGAGAGAGACAAGGGGAGAGAGACGGAACGCGCGAAGCGUCACCGAUACACUGGAGGGAUGAAUAAACCCUGAGAAGCCCGAGAGACCGGAGCCUCGCGCGAACCCGUCUUCAAGGUUGGGUCAUCCACCCGAGGAACCGCGAAUCGAGCGAACCCGGGCCCGAUCCUCGCAGGAAGCGAUCUCGCGGAGGACUCUCUGGACUCUCUCGCGCGCACCGGACUUCUCGACGCGGUAGGGUCUACCGAAAAUACCCACGGAUUGGAGGUUAUGUUCGAAUGUGUCUUACGAUCCCUUGGCCCAAUUCUCCGUGAUUGUCCGCAGAAGGCGAGCGAUCGCGGACGCAGGCUUUGGGAAGUCGACGAGAUCGCUCGAGAGAAGAAGAUGAGGACCGACGAAAAGUGACCACGACUAGGAGAGGAUCGCGACGACGAUAGGAGAAAUCUCUCAAUGUUCCAGCAGAAAAGUAUUUUUAAACGUUGACGAGUUUCCCAGGUUUCUCGAUAUUUACGUUUGGUCCUCGCCAAGGAGAAAAGGCUGUAACCGGCGCGUCACUUCGUAGGUACGCCGAGAGCUUGGAACCGUGCUGAGAAUUCUCCCAAGAUUUGUUAAUCGUUUGGCUACCAGCCGUAAUCACCGAAUGAUUACGAUCGAUCGGAGGAACAUCGAACAAAUCGAAGAUUCAACUUGUACGCAUCUUUUAAGAAACUCCGGUGUUCGAUUAAUUUGUGAGAAAUUAAUAAUUCCUGCGAACAUCUUUAUAUUCAAGAAAACGUUGCAAGUUUUGCCCGUGUAAAAUGCAGUGUUUUUGUUAAGUGGCAUUCGUUCGUAGAUGGUUCAUAGGUUUAUUUCUAAUUUUCACUUAUAGUAUUGCCUUUGAACCUCACACGAAUGGAUGAUGCCUGGAGGCAAUGAACGGUAUGGAGAGACAUGGACAUGGACAUGGACAUUCGCACGCACAUUCCCAUCAUCACCAUCAUCACCAUCACCAUCACUCUCAUGGUAAUACACAGAGCUCGUCGCAAAAUUCGAGUCAGUCUUCGAAGCACGGCCAUGGACAUACUUCCCAUGUGCAAAAGGAAAUGUCGAGUGGUCAAGCAGUGCAGAAGCCACGAAAUUAUAAAUUGCUGGUUGAUCCGUUUCUAGUGAAGGGUGCGACUAAGUUGUAUCGGUACGAUGGCACCGUCCCGGGUGAUCCUACUUAUCCAACGGUACAACCUAGAGAUCCAAGAUCUCAGUUAACAAGGAUAUGGACAAGACUGGAGCAACUUGACUUACCAGUACCUAGAUUUAAAAUUGAUUCCAAUUACUGUGGAGAACCUCCUCCGUUAGAGGUUACAUUUUGUCAUUUGAAUGAUAAUAUAGACAGAACGUUCUUGACCGAUAUGGUUUUAAAAUUUGGUACCAUCGAAGAACUUACUAUUUAUUAUCACCCACUUACCAAUAAACACCUUGGUAUUGCGAGAGUAGUUUUUGAAACGACGAAAGCCUCGAAAGCUUGUGUAGAAAAGUUGAAUAAUACAUCCGUUAUGGGGAAAGUACUGAGAGUAUUUCUUGAUGCUUUUGGAGAGGAAUGCAAAAAAAUUUAUGAUGAGCUAACCACCGAGCGAAAACCUGAAAAGAGGAUAGAAAAAGCACCAAAAGUAGAGCCCGAGCCAGAAAAGCAGACACCGAUUGAAAAGAAUCCUCCUGAAGAAAGAGAAGAAUAUAGAUCGAACAAGAAAGUUGUAGCUAAUGUAGAAAAAACGAGAGAACCAUAUGCAGAAAACUCGAGGUUCAAUAAAUUUCGUGAUUAUCCAACCCCUGGUGGUAGUACCGGAAGUGAUUUGGGUUACGCGACUGCACCGAGUGAACUGAACUUUUCUAAUAAUUAUUCACAAAACUCUACACCCGCGACAAAUUACGAUUAUUAUUAUCCAAGUUAUCAUCAUCAAUCGACAAAUAAUUAUGUGCCCAAUAUACCUCCAACUGUGUCACCGAACCUUCCCCUUCAACAAAACUCUAAUAUGUGGUGGGGUACAAAUCCGGGAACCCCUAGUUACCCUACCGCAACUGUUUGGACUCCUCAACCAGGAACGACUCUAGAUAGUUCGACCAUAGUACCUGUAACCAAAGCUUCGGCACCGAAGGUUCAGCAUCACACCCCGAAAAAGGAGAAAGAGACUCAGGUUACGUCAAAAAAUUCUUUGCGUGAUUCUCCUGUUGAAACAAGAAAAACCUUAGAUUUAGAUACAAGAAUAGCUAUGCUGUUAAAAGACAAAGCAGGGGGAAUGGCUCCCCCGUUUCUACAGUUUGGUAGUGAUUCUGACGACGAGAAGAAAUCUCAACGCGUCGAAGAGAUGCUCUCGGAACCACCAAGCCCAUUCUUAUCUGCUGAAAUAUAUAAAUCUUGUUUUGAAAAAGCAAUGGAGAAAAGUAAAGAACGGUGGAAGUUACGUGAAAAUAGCCUGAAUCAGUUUUCUAUAGAUGAAGAAUUAGGUAGUGUUAUAAGUUCCAGUGAAGAUGAAGCACUAUUAGGUAGUUACAGUCCUGCACCAGAUAGUGCAGAACCGGAACCACCAAAGGAGCCACCACCUCCCCCACCUCCGGAUGAUGACAGAAUGUCGUUAAGUCCUCUUAGUUCUGGAGAUGAAAAAAUUGAAGAGGUUAUUGCCCAAACCGAGCCUACCAGUCAAUUGUAUCCAGGAGCUGGUUAUCCUGGACAAAUAACCCAUUAUCCACCACCGACAGAUGUCUACAAUUGGCCUCGUCCAGCUCAGUAUCCGUAUCCAUAUGGAACGGCUUACUUGCCAAAUCAUUAUCAGUCGACAACCGCGUCUCUUCCAGGAACGGUGGGUAAUCAUCAAGGAACAACUUACUAUCCGUCGCUUCAAUCUAGAUUGCAAGCCUUGGCCAGCAGUAGUAUUGCAAAGGAUAAUCCACAGGCACCUACCAUUAAUGGAGUACUAAAUAGGGUCGUUACGGAACUGAAACAAAUUUUGAAAAAAGACUUUAAUAAAAAGAUGGUUGAAAAUACCGCGUUUAAACUAUUCGAAGAUUGGUGGGAUGAAAAGAAAUCCGAAAAGGUUCAGAGCACUGGAGAAACCACUACUGUUAGUAUUGCUACUAAAGAAGAAACUACUAAGUCGCAAGGUCUUUCGUCAAUACUGGAACAAGGCACACCUCUAGGACUCAAUUAUGACGGAUUCGGCUUAGGCAUUAGAGCGAGUAUGCCAAAGAUGCCUUCAUUCAGACGAAAGAUUAAAGCACCGAGUCCGUUGCCACAAGAUGAAGACAGUCGUCAAUCGGACCGUAUUGACACUGAAAUCAUCGACAGUGACAGUGACUUGGAUUUACCAGUGGUACAGAAAGUUAAAAGAUCGGGUACCUCUCUGCCCAGUACCUCGUCGUCUUCUUCAUCUUCUAGCAGUAGUUCUACCGAAGAAGACAGCAGUAGUGAAUCUUCCAGUUCGAGUGACAGUUCCGAUGACGAAGAAAGUUCUGCAGAUGUACGCGGUGCGCAGGAAUCAGACAGCAGGAUUUUCGAUCACCACCCGUUGGCGCGUAACAGCGAGGAUCCUGAUAUACUCAUGGAGUUUGCGAUUCAGAAAUCGUUGGACUGCCCUACGCCUUCCGGACGAGAAACUCCUGUGCCCUCUUUCAAAAUAGAAGAUCCCACUUCGAUUGACUUCCCACAACACGACAACGAAGUUACUCCCGAAUCUUCACCCGUAUACCAGGUCGAGACCUUCGAGGAACGCGCGACAGGUGCAGCUAUCUCGGAUGCAGACGUCAAGUUUGACAGACCCAAGACUCCAGAUGUAGACAUUUGUAAACUGAAGCAGAACGCGUCGAAUGAAGUACACGAGCUGACAAAUGUCGAAUCGGUUAAGAGGGCACCGAUCAAGGAUGAAAUUCAAGAAAUACAGAAGAUGGAGAGCUCCGCAGCGGAGGCUCUUAUGACUUUAGCUGGGCAAGACAACAUUAUCAGGCAUAGAAGUCCAGGAUCCAUACAACCUAACAUUAUCCGGACGUUGCAAUCGCUCUCUGCCAAAUAUAUCAACGACGAACCAAUACUUAAAGAAUCGGAGAAAAUUGAAAUGUUUAGUGAAAUACCUACUACUGACUCCGAGGAGGAGAGCCUUGAGAUCAGGAGAUUAAGGUUCCAAGCGGAAACGGAUCUUCGACUGAACGGCCAGCGAAGUCCAAGUUCGCCCGGAUCACAGGUGUCGCAGGUUUACAUGGAACACUCGUAUUCGUUGCCACCGGCACAACCGGAGCCAGUCAGCGAGAAUCUGGCGCAUCGUACACCUCCCGCGAUUAAGCCGAAGUCCUCGAGACCGAUCAAAAGCGAGAAGACGAAAGAGAAGGCGGAGAAGACCGCGAAGAGGAAAUACACCAAGUACUCGAAGUUGCAUGCCCAUCAGGAUCACGAAAGGGAAAAGGAGAAUAUUCAGAAUGAACUCGUCUAUGAGGAGCCGAGGAAAGUUCAGGGGCCGUCUGUUAAGUAUAAAGAGAGAGAUCUGAUGAGUGAAAUGACUAUACUCUACGAGUUUCUUACUAGAGGGAUCGACGCGGAAGACGUCGAGUAUUUGAGGAGAAGCUACGAGGCUUUGUUAGCGGAUGACAGUCAAGGUUACUGGCUGAACGACACCCACUGGGUCGAUCAUCCUCCGACGGAUAUUCCUAGUCCCGCGAAACGAAGAAAACGAGAUGAGCUCCGAUUGCACGCGACCGGAAGUGCCAGAACGGAAGGGUACUACAAGGUCGACGUUCGAGAAAAGGCUAAGCAUAAGCAUCACUACGCUCAAAGUAUACAACGCAGUAAUGAUAUUGAAGAUAGUGGCGUGUGUAUCGGUGGUGAUGGGACAAUGAACGGUCCCAAAACCAAUUCCAAAGCUCUUACAGGCAAGAUGCAAGCGUUAUCACGAGAAGCGCGAAGUAACCAGCGUCGAUUGUUAACCGCCUUUGGAAUCGACACGGAUAGUGACCUUUUGAAGUUCAAUCAGCUCAAGUUCCGAAAGAAACAACUUAAAUUCGCCAAAUCAGGUAUCCACGAUUGGGGUCUGUUUGCCAUGGAACCAAUUGCGGCAGAUGAGAUGGUGAUCGAGUAUGUCGGCCAAAUGGUGAGGCCAGUUGUCGCGGAUUUACGUGAAUCGCAGUACGAAGCCACCGGCAUCGGAAGCUCCUACCUCUUCCGCAUCGAUUUGGAUACGAUCAUCGAUGCAACGAAAUGCGGCAAUCUGGCACGGUUUAUCAAUCAUAGUUGCAACCCGAAUUGUUACGCAAAAGUGAUUACGAUAGAGAGUCAGAAGAAAAUCGUGAUAUACAGUAAGCAACCGAUCGGUGUAAACGAAGAAAUAACUUACGACUACAAAUUCCCGUUAGAAGACGACAAGAUUCCCUGUCUAUGUGGGGCGCCCCAAUGUCGGGGUACUCUCAAUUAAAUCAUUCAUCAUGCUUCAUUCGUCAUUCCCCUUUUCUGCCCUCCCAAUGUUCUCCUACGAUUCAUCGUACCUUACUCAUAUUUUUGUAAAUAAACCCCCAUGUAAACAUUUUAUAAAAAUGCAGUGGAAAUUGCUGAAUCA